UAUUUCACCAGUCGGCAAAAAGCUAGGUAUCAAACUAGGCUCAGUAGUCACUUGAGAGAUCUCACGGCCGUAGAUUAUCGACUACCUGCGUGGCUGGCAGGGGCUAGCUGCGGCAUUGUUUUGUUGUUUAUUUCCAGGACAGUAGCGUACUUAUUGUCUCAGAAAAUUUCAUCGUCAUGUCUACUUCAUACCAAGUAUCCUCGCCUAGGCAUGACGCUCCGCCGAUCACGCUCCGCGCGUGCAGGCGGACCGAGGGCGUAGCGGAGCCCGCGAUCGACGUCUGCUUGCGCUACCCGCACGAGCAGGCGCGGUCGAGCUUCGUGAUUGGUCGGAGCGGCGAGAUCACAGUGAUGUGUCGCGUGAAGCAGGUGCGGUGGAAACCGCUCCUCGUGCUCCAAUGGCCGCCCAACUCCUCGAGCCUCGAGCGGCUCGUCGAGCCGGCAGUCAGCGCGACGAGUAGACUAGCGAGUAGGCUUAGGAACAUGUCGAUAGGAGACCAGUCGAGCUUCGAGAGCGUGGAGUCGCGACUCAGGGAGCACCGGCUGGUGGCAGAGGCGGCCAACUUCGUGCAUCAACGACUGACGGCGCUCGAAGUGCAGACGAAGCUCGCGUCGUCGCUGAAGGAUCCUCACGCAGCAUUAUCUGCAGCAGCGGCGCAGCUUAUAACGAGAACACGAGGCGAGCCCCUGCGCCAGCUGGCAGCAGCGCACGGGCGACUAAGUCGAGGGGUGGCGACCCUCACGAGUCGCAUCGUGUCGCACGCGCUCGCCGGGCUGGACAGGGACGUCAGCAGGGAGCAGUUCGCGGCGCUGCUGCCACCUUUCGUGUACGCGGAAGGGCAGAUCCUCGCCGUGCCUGGAUUCGCGCCGCAACGCGCGGCGGCCGCCGCGUCAGCGGCGCUGAACUCCUUGGCGACGGCGGCCGCCGACCCCGCGUCGCUGCGCCUCGGCUUCACGAGCGACCCGCUCGCCUCGGCCGCCGCCGCUGCAUCCGCCUCCGAGUUCCCCGCCGCAUUCGGCGGGCUGGCGGCGCAGCGUAGCCGGAUCGCGGCGACGGUGGGGUCGUUCGGGCUGCCCGUGACCGGCGGGUGGCUGUCGUCGCGGUACGGGUGGCGGGAAGCGCGGAAGAAGUUCCACAAGGGGAUCGACAUAGCCGUUGAGGAGAAUACCCCCGUGGUCGCCGCGCAGGCGGGAAGAAUCUCGUUCGCGGGGUGGCGGAAGGGGUACGGGUACGUCGUUGUGGUGGAUCACGGCAAGGGGUACGCCUCGUUAUACGCGCACUGCAACCGGUUUGUAGCGCGGAAGGGGCAGGCGGUGGGCAAGGGGCAGGCGAUCGCGCUGUCGGGCAACACGGGGCACUCCACCGGGCCGCACCUCCACUUCGAAAUCCACCGCCACGGCUCGCCCGUCGACCCGCUGCUGCUGCUGCCCAGUGACGUGAAGGGCGAGGCGAGAUAGCAGGGAGUGGGGUGCGGUGAGCUGGGGGAGGGCGGCCGGGUGAGGUGGUGGGGGAACGAUGGUGAUUGACAAGCAGGGGAGCCCUGUGGACGGGGCGGUUGACAUGCCCUGUGGACUGGCGUGGGCGGGGGGGAGGAGGGAAAGGAGGGGAGGAGGGAGAGCAAGUGGGGAGGAAUGACGACGAUGGCGAGGACGGGGAGAACACGAGGAAGGGCACGGAUGGGGAGUGCUUGGUGGAGAGGGGGGUGACUGUAAAGGGGGAGAGCGGGGGAUUGCGGGGGGUUUAGGGCAGGGAGAGAGCGGGGUGAAAUGAAGUGGAGAAGUGUUGGAUGGUGGACGGCUGGGUGCGCAGGAGUAGAAGCUGAUGCUGACGACAGCAUGAAGAUGGUGCCAAGCGCUCGGCGUGGAAGCUGUUCCCUAGGGUUUUCCCAUUUUUGCGUGCGGCACUGGCAGGCCCAGGAGUGCGACAACGGUGCUAGGCGCCGCGCAUGCCCUGUCUUCUCUUCUGUAUAUUCAUUAUCAAAGAUUGAUGAGAGCUCGAUGAACACUUGUGCCAUUUGUGGCCAUUUGUGCACACUUGCAGAAUGCAGCAUCAAUGCAAUUGUCCAAAAGUCAACGAGUCUGAAAUACUCAGGGUUCAGAAUGUCGACUCAGAGUCCUGCGCCCAAGUCGAAAUCUUAUAUUUCCAGUGUUCACACCAGGCCCCACGACUGGUUUUAGGGUACCAUGAUUCAUCAGCUUUUCGUCAAGAAAAUUUACGUGGAUUC